UCUCCACUCCUGCCAUAGCUGCUAGGUGGUAUAGUCGUUGUUCCCACUGUCUUGCGUGAGCUUGCAAUCCAGAAUCAAAACAUUUCAUUUCUGUUUUAAAUAUUAAAAUGAAUUCACGUUUAAAUUAUCUGUUUGGAUUUAACCGUUGUAUUCAACCAGAAGAAAAAUUCUCAAAACAUUUAACCUAUAAUAGAAUGGAGCUGUUCACCCCUGCGGAUAUUGUACAGCACAGUUUCAUUGUUAUGAACUCUAUUUCACCAUUAAAUUUAGAGCUGUGCAAAAAUUAUCGAGUCGGCCAUUGUCCUUGGUCACGAGAGUAUUAUCCAUCAUUCUCUUAUUGGGAAGGCAUCAUAGAUACCAAAGAAAAAUGCCGCAAAAUCCAUGGAAACAGAGAACUUUUGUACAAUCUGCAUUUGGACAUGCCUCAAGCAAAAGAUUCGAUCCCGCUACUCAAUUUGUCGCAACAUGUUUUGAGUUUUGAUGCUUUCAGGGGAAUAUACACAUCCUCAAUUCCAAUAGUGGAAGUAUACAUUAGGUUCGCUUUUUUCGCUAAUAAAAUAUUCCAAUUCGUCGAAUAUGCUUGCAAGAAGAAUUACAAUAAAUUAAAAAUUUUAGCAUGGCUAAUGAAAUUCGAUGCGAUAAAUCCAACUGAAUUUCAUCAAAUGCCGCAAUCUACUGUGAAUUGCAUUGCUGACUGCAUGUAUCCUGGUGUAUCCGAUGCAGAAUUUGCGUUCAAGUGUUUGAUGAAGGUGAAUUUCAUCAAUUGGAUUCGUUUCAAUGACAAACCUGAAAGACUGGCAAAUGUACUUUACCAAGUUCAUCGAGUCGGAAGGAAACCAGAAAUAAUGUUAUGGUGCAAUAAUAUGAUGGUUCAAUGCUUCUUCGAUGAUUCAUUGAAAUAUUUGAAGGUAGUAAUGAAAUUUCUAGAUACUCCUAAAUUUUGUGAUUAUUUUAAACAACUUUUGACAUCCAAAAUUAGGUUUGAAUGUAGCCGAGACAGGCCUAAUUGGAGGUUCACAAACUUUAGAACUCCGGUGGAAAAGCGAGAAAUUUUGUUGCUGCUACUGCUUUGGUUUCGUGUCCUAAGAUUUCGAAUUGGUCUUGCUGCAGCUGAGGCUGUUCGAUUAGUAUGGGAGUCAGUUCCUGAUACUUUUUUAAAUAAUGAAGAAAUGACGGCAGCUUACGAAAGAUUCAGCAUCAGUCCCGAAGAGAUUGCAAAAAUUUACAAGUUUUACUGCCGAGCUGUUGGUAAAGUUGAUUCAACUGUGGAACCUCGGUCAUUGCAGCAUUAUUGCAGAACCACAGUACGCAGAAUCCUGUAUGAAAAUAAUCAAUGGCUUCCAGAAGGCAUCUGUCAAAUUGAUCUCCCUCCAAAAUUGCAACGUUAUUUAAAUCUGGAAAAGUAA